GGGCCUUACCUCAAAGAGUCUCCCACCUCCAGAUGGGCGGAGCCUGGUGACCUCUGAGGGUAUAAAAGCCACAGCUCCUGUUCAGAGAACAAUUGGCAGAAGGUGCAAGCUGUUUGCUAAGUGACUGCUGGUUCUACUGUCAACAUCUUUAAGUUUCUAAAGAUGACUCGUGUAAUGAUGAGCAGCUGUUUCAUCACUCUGGCCAUCCUGUUUGUUUGGCGUGUUCAGGAAGUGGCAGAAGCCUGCACCUGUAGUAGUCCUCCUGAUCCUCAUCAGGCUCUCUGCAGGUCAGAUGUUGUUAUCAGGGCAAAAGUUACUGAAAGGCUGGAGGUUGACCAUGGUGCAUCCAAGGAUGUUAAAUACAACAUCAUCGUGAUCAAGAAGUUCAAAGGCCCUAGUAGGGAUAUUGACGCCAUCUACACUCCCCUGUUCUCUUCACUAUGUGGAGUCACUCUGAUCACUGGAGAACAGUAUCUCAUUGCAGGCUGGCUGAAGCCUGAUGGGACUGUGAAUGUCAUCACGUGUAAUUUGGUUCAGCCAUGGGAAGACUUGAGUGCCAAGCUGCUGAAGAUGGUUGAGGACUACAAACACUACUGUAGCUGAACACAGAUCCAUAAUGUCUCUGAACUGGUCUAUAUUAAAAUAAAAAAGUGUAAAGCAUA